AUGGGAAAUGAAGCGAAGAUGAAUGGUGGUGCAAGUAUGGCCGGAGGUGGAGGAUUCAGGGCGAAAAUGGAGCAUUACGUUUACAGUGGUGAGAAGAAGCACGUCAUGGUUGGGAUCGGAAUCAUCACUCUAAUCUUCGGAGUUCCUUGGUAUUUGAUGACUCAAGGAUCAAAGCAUCAGUCUCACCAAGAUUACAUGGACAAGGCCGAUAAAGCGCGAAAAGCACGUCUCUCAUCGUCUCCAUCAUCUAACAAGUAG